AGGCUGUGGGGCUCCAUGCCAGGUAAUGACCAUAAGGGCGAGAUUUGUGCGGGGGGAGUGCUCGCUCGGGCAGCCACGGCAGGGGGCUGCAGGCAGAGACAAGCACCAGCUGCUGGCUCGGCGCUUACCAAACCUCCCUUUGGCAGGAGCAGGCCGAGGAGGACUUUCUGGGCCCGAGAUGAUGCCAAACAGUUAGUUCCCAACAAAAUGAGAGACUUCUUCUGUACCAUAAACCUGGACCAAGAAGAAGUUUUUCGUACGCAGGUAGUUGAAAAAUCUUCAAGCCCUUAUUUCGGGGAAGAGUUUUACUUUGAGAUUCCGAGAACAUUCCAGUGGUUGUCCUUCUACAUUUAUGAUAAGAGUGUUUUACAAAAAGACCUGCGUAUAGGAAAGGUGGCAAUCAAAAAAGAAGACUUAUGUAACUAUACAGGGAAAGAGAACUGGUUUAUGCUUCAACCUGUUGAUUCUAAUUCAGAGGUUCAGGGAAAAGUUCACCUUGAAUUAAAACUGAACGAGCUGAUAACAGAUAAUGGAUCUGUGUGCCAGCAACUAGUAGUACACAUAAAGGAAUGCCAUGGAUUGCCUCUUAUAAAUGGACAGAAUUGUGACCCUUAUGCAACAGUCUCUCUUGUGGGCCCAUCCAGGAAUGACCAAAAGAAGACCAAAGUAAAGAAGAAAACAAGCAAUCCGCAGUUUAACGAAACAUUUUAUUUUGAGGUAACCAGGUCCAGCAGUUACACCAAAAAGUCCCAGUUUCAGGUGGAAGAAGAAGACAUUGAGAAAUUGGAAGUCAGGGUGGACCUAUGGAACAAUGGAAAUUUGGUACAAGACAUCUUCCUAGGAGAAAUUAAAGUUCCCGUGAAGGUGUUAAGAAAUGAUUCCUUUCAAGCAUGGUACUUACUUCAACCAAGAGAAAAUGGCAACAAGUCUUCUAAAACUGAUGACUUGGGAUCACUUAGAUUAAAUAUUUGCUACACUGAAGACUGUGUACUUCCCUCUGAAUACUAUGUUUCUCUAAGAAACUUGCUGCUAAAAUCAUCAGAUGUUCAGCCAAUUUCCGCAUCUGCUGCAUACAUAUUAUGUGAAGUUUGUCGAGAUAAGUACGAUGCUGUUCUGCCUCUUGUACGGUUGCUACUACACCACCAUAAGCUAGUCCCAUUUGUUGCUGCAGUAGCAGAACUGGACCUGAAGGACACUCAAGAAGCAAACACAGUCUUCAGAGGGAAUUCACUAGCAACUCGGUGUGUAGAUGAAAUGAUGAAAAUAGUGGGAAAACACUACCUAAAGGUUACUUUGAAAGCAGUUAUUGAUGAGAUAUGUGAGUCUCCUAAACCCUGUGAAAUAGAUCCAAUCAAAUUAAGAGAAGGGGAUAAUGCAGAAAUUAAUAUGGAAAACCUACGCUAUUAUGUAGACAAAGUAUUCCGUGAAAUUGUGCGGUCAAGUAUAAGUUGUCCUACCCUAAUGUGUGAUGUUUUUUAUUCUUUGAGGCAUCUGGCUGCCAAAAGAUUUCCAAAUGACCCUCAUGUACAGUAUUCUGCAGUGAGCAGCUUUGUGUUUCUUCGUUUCUUUGCUGUAGCCGUAGUCUCACCUCAUACUUUUCAUUUACGACCUCAUCAUCCAGAUGCACAGACUUCUAGAACAUUAACUCUCAUAUCAAAAGCCAUCCAGACUUUGGGGAGUUGGGGAAGUUUGACCAAAAGCAAACUUUCAAGUUUCAAGGAGACAUUUAUGUGCGAGUUUUUUAAAACAUUUCAAGAAGACAAAUUUACUGAAUCUGUCAAAAAGUUUCUAGAUGAUGUUUCCUCUACUGAAAGUAAAGAACCAAGUGGUCUGAGUGAGCCAGUACAUCUAAAAGAAGGAGAAAUGUACAAAAGAGCUCAGGGGAGGACUCGGAUUGGUAAAAAGAAUUUCAAGAAGCGGUGGUUCUGUCUAACAAGUAGAGAAUUCACCUACCACAAACAGCAAGAUAAAGAACCAAUCUUCACGAUUCCAAUCAAAAACAUCCUUGCAGUGGAGAAGCUUGAUGAGAGCUCCUUCAACAAGAAAAAUAUGUUUCAAGUACUACAUGGAGAAAAGCCACUCUAUAUCCAAGCAAAUAACUGUGUAGAAGCUAGUGAGUGGAUAGAAGCUCUCUGCAGGGUGACGAGAUGCAACCAGAAGAGGCUUAAUUUUUACCAUCCUUCUGCUUUUUUGAAUGGGAGCUGGCUUUGCUGCAAGGCUACAAUAGAAAACACAGUGGGCUGUGCUCGUUGCACUGCAGAUGUUCCAGCUGAUACUCAAAUUGAGAUUGAUGGAGACAGAGAGACAGAAAGAAUUUACUCACUUUUCACUAUCAACAUGUCUAAACUUCAGAAGUUGGAAGAGGCUUGCGGAAGCAUAGCUGUCUAUCAAGGUCCACGGAAAGAACCAGAUGACUAUUCUAACUUCACAAUUGAAGACUCUGUAGCAACUUUUCAUACACUCAAACAGAUAAUAGAUAUAGUAGAAAAGCUGAAUGAAUCACAUGAAAAAUACCAAAAGAAGAGAUCAUCUAGUGCUAAAUAUGGUAGUGAAUGGCAAUGGAAUGGUCUCCUUGGGGCAAUGGUCAUGGCGCCCAGCCUGCUGGAAUUCAGGAAGUUUGGACAAUACUCUCAGACACGUGGUCUGGUUGUUGAGAGGUCCUGUGCAGACCCAAGAGUUGGACUCCAUGACCUUUAGAAAAUCCAAUUGUUGGAAAGGUUUCCUAACCAAAACAAACUGUGGCACACUUGGAUGAAAAAGAAACUGGAAAUGUUCUUGAGGGUGUUGUUUUUUUGUUUUAUUUCAUUUUGUAUUUCAUAACAUGCAUUUUUACAAAGUAUUUAAAAAUGAACAUAAAUGCUAGUUGUGUUGACAAUCUAUUUAAUAUUUAAUAGAAAGCUAGCUACUUGGAAAUCUGGUCUUAGAGUUGAUCCUCAUUUUGCUGAAGAACUUGAAGUUCCAGGUUCUUGAAGUAAUAGAUGUGAAUAAAACUAAAUGUUUUGCCAUUGCUGUUUUAUUGGAAAAAAACUUUCUAAACAGAUAAGCUUUUUAAUGGAACAAAAUCAACAUGGCAUCUGUUGGUUGUAUUGCAUCUCUGAAUACAUGUAUUACAAAAUUGUAUGAGUUUACCAUGAGUGCCUGCCCUGCUGAUAACGAUCUUGAAAUAGAAAUCCCAAGCUACAGUGACAUGGUAAAGACCUGAAGCUUCACAUUCAAUUCGUCUGACUUUUUUUCUUAUAUUAAAUUUUGUCAGGACUUGAUUCUAACUACAGUUGAAGUUAGAACAUCAUGCAGUAUGUUGCAAAUGAUCUGGACAGCAGUUACCAGUGUUAGUUGUUUUCUUUUUUUUUCUUUCUUUUUUUUUUUUUUUUUUUAAGUACUAAAUAAGAAGAAAUCAGGGAACUUAUGUUGUGCCUCUUGUUUACAUUUAGGGUGAGUAAUACAUGGAGUGACGUGAGACCACUAUUUUCUUUAGGGUACGUUUUUGUAAGGUGUGGUUUUUUUCUUAAUCUGAAAAAAAAUAUAUGCAGGGUAGCAGUGUUCUUUUUGAAAUAAUAUUUGCUUACAGAUAGAAGAACUCAAAUGUGAACAGAUUGUGGUUGAGUACUGAUCAAUUUACAUCAUUCCAUAUAUGAUUUUAUUUUAUUUUUUGAUAAAACUAGCUAGGUCCAACUCACCAUUUGACUACAAAUCUAAUAAAUAAUCUCUAUUAUAAUCACUCAAAGCACUUUAGAUAUCUGGACUAUCCCAGAUUAUUUUUAGAUACUUUGUAGUAUCUGCUUUUUAUGAUCAGUUGAAUGAUCAACAUUGUUUUGUCUUUAAACAAUGCUUCAGUGAAUAUUUUUAUAUCUUUAGUUAUAUGGAUUCUUAUUUGCCACUUAACACAGUUUAUAAACUGUCAUUCUUGACUUCAGUAAAAUUAAUUUUUGCUCACUUCAUCUGGGAAGUUAGGUUUGUGCUGAAAGAACUUCUGUGUAUAUAGCCAGGAAGAAGCAAAUGUGGCAACUUUGCUUCAUCAGUAUUAAAUACAAUGGUACUCCUUGGAAUAUUAUUUUUAAUAAUAACUAUGUGUGGUACUUUUAUUUUCAGAGCCUUUGCUGUGGGGUCUUUUGUUGUUGUUUUGUUAGUGUGUUUUUUACAAUCGUGAUUUGGCCAAAUUAAUUAGGAAUGUAACUUACAAAUAGAAUAGAAAUCCAUAAUGCUUGAAAACUGUAAGCUGUUUAAAUUACUAUACAAUUGUAAUACUGUCGUAGGGAGGCUUUCUGUGAUAGAAGCAACUUGGCAAGACAGGAUUGAAAUUUCUGAACGAAUGAAUGUAAGUAUUGUUAGAAGAACUAUUGAUUAGAACUAUUGAUUUUAAAACCAGAGAAACUAUUUUAGAAUGUCUGGGAUUCAGUACUAUUGUCUGCAAUAUCACAAUCAUUUAGCAAUCUCAAUUGUUUUUGCCUUUCCUUCUUUUACACAUUUAAUGUAUUCUAAGGGACUUUUGUUUGCCAACAGUUAAAAGGGGGCUUGAAAUCAUAUGCCAAGAAAUGUGUUUUGCCAAGGUAAAUUGGAUUUGUUUAAAUUGCCAUUAAAAAGCUGCCAUAAAAUAAAACAGAAUGCUGUCAACUGUCAAAGUUAGUUUAUGCUGUAUAUUGAUUGACGUUGUGGCAAAGUGUCUGUUCCUCAGAGCUAUUUUCUGUUGUUUUCAAAGUCCAGUUUAUGGAAAACUAAAUUGUAUUCUGAGAUUUUUUUUUUUAAAUGCACUUUUUGCUUUGAUACUGGAAUAUCUAGAGGAAAAAACAAAGGCCAUUGAAUAUUUGUGACUAUUAGGGUUUAAUUUCUCAUUUUAUAAUGUUUCAAAAUAAAGUAGGUGUUCUAGGAUUUAAUUAGGUACGAGUAGGAUGAUUAAUGGUAAAAUUUGCCUUCAUUUUGAUUAGUCUAGAAGACAUUCAAUAAUUAGUUCUGUUUGGAUUGUAAAUUAUCAUUAGUUUUAAUUUGUAUUAUGAUGUAUUGUUGAAUGUAUUUUUAUUUAAAUUUUAUUUUCUUAUCAAGACAUUAAAAUGUUUUGUAACAUUGCUUGAGAAUAACUCAAAUAAAUUACAACAAACUUGA